AGCAUUCAAGAAGCCUUUCUUGGGAAAUUUUCUCUCUUGAUCUUUCCCAGAAAAUCUUGGCAUCACGUUGGAGUCCAUACAGAAACACAUAUAUAAACAUGUCGCAGGACGUAAUUUCGUCGCAUGAACAGCUCUCAAUGGAUGAGAUCACAAGCCCUCUCACCGCACAAAUCGUCGAUUUCUGUGAUCCACAGUUCUUUCAAGAGACCUUUAAUCAAACUUCUGAAGUGACCUCUGCUUCAAAUUGUUGUGGCUAUGUUGAAAACAACAACAACAACGGUUCGAAGCAAGACCAUGAAGACAACAACAACAAUAACGAGAACGGGGACUUAUCCAUCAUAUUUGAUUCACAAGACGAUUUCGAUAACGAUAUCACAGCUUCCAUCGAUUUCUCUUCCUCUAUUCAGUUUCCAGCGUCUGAUCAACUCCAAGACCAGUUUGAUUUCACCGGAGUUCAGCUUCAUCAGCCUUCCAACGUCCUCUACUCUUCCUCAUCUUGUGAUCCCCUGCCUCCGCCUUUAUCGGUUUUCGAAGAUGAUUGUCUUUCUUCUGUCCCAAGUUACAAUAUUGGCUCCCUAAACCCUACUUCCCCUUCUUGCUCUUUCUUGGGUAAUCCCGGUUUACCAACUUACAUGUCUGUAACCGGGAAUAUGAUGAAUACCGGUUUAGCCAUGGAGAGAUCCGGUUUUUACUCUGGGAGUAUCCAUCUUGGUUCAGAUUUUAAACCAUCACAUGAUCAAUUGAUGGAGAUCCAGGCUGAUACUAGUGGAAUGUUCUUCCCAGAUUCGAUUAAACCCAUCUUCAAUCCAGAAAAUCACCAUCUCCAGACACUUGACGGUGGAGAAAACCAGAACCACCUUGUGGCAACACCGGUUCUUCCACAGUGUGGAACAGAUAUAACCGGUUUAGACGAUGGGAGUGUCAACAAAGUAGCUAAACUCACUGCCGAGCAGAGGAAAGAGAAGAUUCAUAGGUACAUGAAGAAGAGAAACGAGAGGAACUUCAGCAAGAAAAUUAAGUAUGCAUGUAGGAAGACUUUGGCUGAUAGUCGUCCAAGAGUUAGAGGAAGAUUUGCAAAGAACGAUGAACUGUGUGAACCACAUAGACAUGGUUCUUCAAGCCAUCACGAAGAAGACGAUGAUGAUGUGGGGGUCAAGGAGGAAGAACAAUUGGUUGAUUCUUCGGACAUAUUUUCACACAUAAGUGGUGUCAACUCUUUCAAGUGCAAUUAUCCAAUCCAGUCUUGGAUUUGAGUUUGAUUAUAUGGUCUUAUAAUCACAAAAUAGUAUUUUAUAGAGGUUUAUUUGUAUAUUUACUAGUGCAAUUUUUAGCCAUGACUCAUAUUUUCUCGGAAAUAUUUAGAACAUAAGAAGAGAGAGAGAUGAAUAAUGGGUUUAGGCAGGUCAUGAUGAAUAAAACUGUAGUGAAGAGAGAAAGGGUUUGUUAUUAUGUUACAUAGAACAUUACAAAGUUUUGUAGAUACCCUAUCUAUUAUUUAUAAUGUCUAUUGUAUAAUAAUAUUAGUCAUUUGAAUACCACUUGCAAGUCUAGAACUUACAAGACUGAGAUGUUCUUGCGAUGAGCAGUUGCAACAACCAAACUUUGAUCCUGAACAGGUGAAUUCUAGUGGAAAGCAGCCUUCCACCAAUUCUUGAACACAUUAGUUAUCAACAAGAGUUUCUUCAAGAAGAAAGUGCAGGUGGGGGACUGAACUUAUUGAAGAUCUUUAACAGGUAUGGAUGCUGUGAUUCCUCCCGGGACUAUUUAGGGCCUGAACUAUGGACAUUCGAACUUGAUUGAAAUGUAAAAAUCUCAAGGAAACUGUGACUUGUGGAAGAUAGGACUUUGAUUGUUCCAUAAUUCUUUUCCAUUCGUAGAGGUAAUAACAUUCAAGUUUCGGCAUUGACAUUUCUUCGUUACUCAGAGAAAUGUCUCAAGUAACCAAAAUAAACGAAUGUCGUACAUAAUGUCGGAAAAUCAAAAUACCAACUACCAAAAUCCUCAAAUUUGUUUUUGAUAUAUUUAGAACUCCCAACAAUAUUCAGAAAGAUAAUCAAAUGCACGCCAUAAAAGACCAAUUAGUGACUGAUCGAUCCUAGACAAUG